UCACGACCAGAAUAUUCUUCUUGACUUUCCUGUCUUUCUUCGCCACCUCAGCCCAACUCAGCGCCUUGUCAGCAGCAAGGGCGUCAGCAACUGACCCCAGGCCCUCCUGCAUCUUCUCAGCCCUUGAUUCAACUUCAUCUUUUACCACAGAUAUUUCUUUAGAUAAUUCUUGCUUGAAUUCAUCCAAUAUCUCCACAAUUUUGGUAGCCAGAGAUACUUUAUGGAGGCAUGGGUUGCAGAUCCAAUUAAUUUUAGGUAUAUUCUCCUGCUUAAUUCCAGACAAAUGAGCACACUUCACAUGACACCAUUUAGGGCACAAACAGCAUCCAAUCCAUUUCUCGCCUGUGAAAUCCUUACAAACGUAACACAAAUCCAUCGCGCCCUUGGCUUUGCCAGCCAUGUCGACACAGCACUCUCCACACGGAGCAAGACGCAACACAUCCGAUCACGGCCACGACUACUCACUCACUCAUCAUCAUUUCUGAAUGAGUCUAUUGUACCGCAGUCUAAAAUCUGAUGAGGGAGGCUGUUCCAGUCAUGUAUGAAGUGAUAUGUAGCUCAAAAGGAAGAAGUUUCAUCACCUGCCACCAUGAAGAAAGAAAGGGAAAUUCACAAGCCCUACAAAUUGUCUCACCAAAUCCUGAGCCUGACAGGAAUCAACUUCACAAGGCAGACAGUGAUUGGUUUUACAGAACUUACACUCAUUCCCUCAAAAGAUAGUUUUCGCUACAUUUGGCUGAACUGUAAGCAAUGCUGUGUGUAUCGUGUUACACUGAAUGACACCCUGGAGGUGCAGUUCCAGUAUUUUGACCCCUUCUUGGAAGCAUGCCCUCAAGAGUCAAAACAGAGGAAUCUGGAAUUCUUCAACAAAAGCCAGUCAAGUGGAGCUCUUUCUGUGGACCCAGAAAUAGGCCGAGGAGAACUAGUGAUAAUCGUGCCGUCGGAGGCACAGCACAUGAUCCAGGAAGGCAAGCCUCUCAGGGUGGGCGUUGAGUUCUCCAUAGAGAAGCCGCAGUCAGGUCUGCAUUUUGUUGUUCCUGCCACUGAAGGAACACUCUCGGAGAAAGCUGCACACCUCUUUACCUAUGGCCAUGAAAACAGUGCUCGCUUGUGGUUUCCUUGCAUUGACACCUGGAGUGAGGUGUGCACAUGGCGCCUGGAAUUUACGGUGGAUGAUUUUAUGACAGCUGUAAGCUGCGGAGACUUGGUGGAAGUAGUGUACACUCAGGACAUGAGGCGGAAAACCUUCCAUUAUUGCCUCACUACUCCUACGUGUGCACCAAACAUUGCUUUGGUUGUAGGGCCCUUUGAGAUCUACGUGGAUCCCUUUAUGAAUGAAAUCACUCACUUCUGCCUUCCACAACUGCUGCCAUUAAUGAAAGCCACAAGUAAAUACCUGCAUGAGGCAUUUGAAUUUUAUGAAGAGCUUCUCUCCACAAGAUACCCGUACUCAUGCUACAAGCAAGUGUAUGUUGAUGAAGCCUAUGGUGAUCUUCAUUCUUAUGCCACCAUGAGCAUUCUUGAUGUGAAUCUUCUGUGCAGCAACAGAAUUAUUGACCAAGUGUAUCAAACAAGGAAAGUCAUGGCUCUCUGUGUUGCCCAACAAUUCUUUGGGUGCUUCCUCUCCCGCCAGGCCUGGGCCGAUGCCUGGCUCACGACAGGCAUUGCACACUACCUCAUGAGUCUCUACGUUAAGAAGCAUUUUGGAUUAAAUGAGUAUAAGGACUGGAUACACAGUGAACUGCAAGAGAUCAUCGAGUAUGAAGAACGAUUUGGUGGCAUUGUUCUUGAUCCCAGCUCCUCACCUAAUGAGCCUCAGAACGGCCCCAACGUUCCGGCCGCCUCUAACAGCAGCAACAACAAGGACACAUUCUACUUUUCUGUCAAGAACCCACAUGCAUGUUCCCCUCAUUACAUCAGUGUGUACUACAAGAAGGCCCACCUCAUCAUACGCAUGCUGGAAUUUCGUAUUGGACAAGAGUUAAUGAUGCAGGUUUUCAACAAACAUCUCUCCCUGGCAAUCAUUGCAGUGGCCAACAAAGGCCACCCUGCAGGCUGGUCUCACAUGCUGGUGUCCACAGAAACAUUCACAAAGGCAAUCUUCACUGUGACAGGCAAAGACAUUACCGUAUUCUGUGACCAGUGGGUCCGCCAAGGUGGACAUGCCAAGUUCAACAUGAAGUUCCUCUUCAAUCGAAAAAGAAACAUAGUGGAGAUGACCAUAGAGCAAGGUUAUAUUGGUGAGCUUGGGAUACGGCGCUACGUGGGACCCCUUGUGGUGUGGAUACAGGAGCUGGAUGGGACAUUCAAGCACACUUUACAAAUAGAACACCAGGUUUCAAAGAAAGAAAUUGUAUGCCACUCCAAGUCUCGUAGAAACAAGAAGAAAAAGAUUCCACUGUGCACCGGGGAAGAGGUUGAUAUGGAUCUUAGUCACCUUGAUGCUGAUUCCCCUGUAUUAUGGCUGCGCCUGGACCCAGACAUGACCAUGAUGAGGGCCGUGGAGGUGGAGCAGCCAGACAACCAGUGGCAGUACCAGCUGAGGCAUGAAAGGGACGUUACUGCUCAGACCGAAGCUAUCAAUGCUCUUCACCGCUUGGCUAAACAAAGCGCUGUCACAACAGAAAUGCGAAACACACUUAAUGCUGUGUUGGAGAAUGAGCAGUGUUUCUACAAGAUUCGGUGCAGAGCUGCUCACUGCUUGACCAAAGUGGCCAAUGCCAUGGUAGCAAAUUGGAAUGGUCCUCCUGCCAUGAUGCAGAUCUUCAGGAAAAUGUUUGGGUCUUUUUCAUGCCCAAACAUCAUCAGACAGCAUGACUUUACUAGUCUCCAAAAUUAUUACAUUCUAAAGACACUACCAGUAGCCAUGGCCGGUCUACGAAACACUCACAAGUCUUGUCCACGUGAGACUUGUCCACCGGAAGUGCUGGGCUUCCUGAUGGAUCUCUUCAAAUAUAGUGACAACUCCAAGAACCGUUACUCUGACAACUACUACAGAGCUGCACUGGUUGAUGCACUUGCUGCAUCUAUCUCUGCAGCCCCGGUGCAGCAUGACCCAGCCACCAUUACAUCUGAUACCCUGACUGAAAAUACAAGGAGAAUUUUAACUGAGGUGACUCGGUAUCUGAACCUGGAGAAGCUGUUGCCCUGCUACAAGUACACAGUGACAGCGUCUUGUCUGCAUGCUAUUCGUGUACUUCAGAAAUAUGGUCACCUGCCAACAAAGUCAGAUAUCUUCAAGGCUUAUGCUGCUUACCCUCAGUACAUAGAUGUUCGGGUUGCAGCAGUAGAACAGCUUGUGGACAUGCUGGCAAACGAUGGGCAGAGGGAAGACAUGGACUUUUUGUUGACACUAGCAGAGACUGAUCCAGUUCCUCGUGUUCGCUACUUGACUCUCGUCACCAUGGCCAGGAAUCCUCCCUUCAUAAUGGGCCAGAGUCACAAGCUGGACAAUGAACAUCUCGUUGAGCGCUUGUGGAAUCUCAUGAAUUCUGGGCAGGCAUGUGACUCAAGGGUGCGUUGUGCAGUGAUGGAUCUGUACUACGCCCUCUAUGGGCGGCGGCGCCCUGCUUGCAUCCCAGCCUCAGAACCAGCCCUUGUUCUCAAUCUACGAAAGCCUCCCCACCCUCCUAUCCAGCCACCACUUCCAAUCCCACUCAAAGAAAAGGAAAAAACUCCCCCGGUUAUCAAGCAAGAGGCUCCUCUGGAAGAUCCACUAGACCCCAAGAAUGAUGUGACGAUGGAAACCCCGGAGGUCCCCAUCGAGUUUGUUUGUGUGGACGACACCAAGCCAAAAGUAAAGGAUGAGAUAGAAGUGUUUGAGGAGAUUGUUGAACAGACUCCAAGUGUGACUCCAAGCAUUGAAGGUGACAUGUCAGAGUCCACCACAUCCCUACCCGGGGACAGCCAGGAUGCACAAGCAGCACCAACUGGUUUUGAACCAGAGUUGUUCCGUGAUGGGAGUGCAGACUCUCACGGUAAAGCUCACAAGAGCAAGAAGAAGAAAAAGGACAAGAAACACAAGAAACACAAGAAACAUAAACAUGAACAUAAGGACAAGCUUGAUAAGCUUGACAAGUUCAUUCAAGAAGAAAACCUCAGUUCAGGCUCUUCUAACCCUCCAAGUCCUGCUUCCCCGGGCAGCAUGGGAGGGAGCGUCUCCAACAGCAUGGCAAGCAACAUGUCUUUUUGAGCCUCAGCUGGUUAAAAAGUGUGAACUAAUCAGAGAAAAAUAAGCAGAUACUAAGAUGAAUUCAUCUGUUGUAUGUACAUGUACAGAGGAGAAGACAAGUGGCAUGGAUACUGAUGAACAAGUGGGUUUCAGAAAGAGAACGGUAUUUACAAUCAGGCUUUGGACCACUUCCUGGAAAGUUGUCAAAGAGGGAGUAUGUUAUUCCUGGCACUCAUGGAUGUAAAGAAUACAUGUAAUAGAGUCAAUAGAGAAGGUUUAUGGAAAGGACUAUGAAUGUAAGCAAUGGAAGGAUGGCAGUUGAUUGGUGGUUUAUAUAGUCCUGGGAAGCUGACCAUUUAGCUGUUUAAACAUUAUCUUUGAAUAUUGGUCACUGGUUUUCACUUGGGAUUCCUUUUUAUCAUCAUAUAAAUGUUUUCACUGUAGUGAAUUUAGCACUGAAGUUAUAAUUUAGUGUCUUAAAUGCAACUUUUUUUGUUACUCACGAUCCAUCCAUACUUUGAUUCCAGUGACAGGUAAAGUUAACCCUCUAAAGUUACUAUAAUUUGAAUCUUUCAAGUGGUGACGUAGUUGUUGGUUUGAAAACCACUGGCACGUGGUUUAGCCUGGAUUUUAUAAGUAAAUACAGAUCUAAAUUGACCAAGUUUUCUGUGUUCUUGAGGGAAUUGACAAGGUCUGGUUUUCUUGCUAUCAUUAAAAAUCUGUGCAAAUUUAGUUUUGGCAUUGAGAAAUGGAUCAUUGGAAUGUAUGAAAAGUAUCACGAAGAAUUUGAGUAUUUGAAAAAUGUAAAAUCAAAGUUAGAUGUAUACAUUUACAGGUCACCAUACAUUUUUCAUCAUAUGAAAAUCACUUUACUAAGUAAGGACACCACAUGUGGCAACAUUUGUACAAAAUAUUCACUCAUCUGGUUUGUGUACCUGUAUGUGCUAAGGUUUUAAUUAAAUAUAUAUCAGUACAUUUUUUGGUAUAUAUGUAGUAAAUGUAUUUGCUAAUGCACUGUACGAAACAACUGAAUGUCAGAUUGUCAAAAUUAAUUUAUCUCAAAACAACUUUUAUAUGAUAUAAUUUUGUAAUAGAUACUCAAAAGAUA